AUGUCGUCUCGUUUUGAAGCGGAGUCGGCGCUAAUGGAGUUGCAUUGUUGUGACCCCUUAACUUCGAUCGACCCUCGACGAAGGCAAAGAUUCCUUCCUCGUCAAACAGUUUUCCCUACAUCCAAACGACGCAUUCCAUUCCACUUAGGUUUUUCUUUUUUUCACACAUCGCAUCUCGAAGAUGAAGAAUCAGGCUUCUUCCUGUUUGAACGUCUCUGCUCUAGAGAGGUCGUAUCGAUUGAUACCACGGAGUCAUCACACGGUAUAAUUUUCAACUGGACAGUAGGCAUGGAGAGCGCCGUCGAUUCCUCGUUCUUCUGGGGUUAUUUCUUUACGCAAAUUCCGGGCGGAUUUUUGGCUUCUAUGUAUCCCGCCAACCGGAUAUUUGGAACAGCCAUCGUCGGAACAUCCUUUCUGAAUCUGUUGAUGCCCGGAGCGAUGGAUCUACAUCCUACGGUCGUUAUCAUAGUUAGGAUCAUGCAGGGACUAGUCGAGGGUGUAACAUACCCGGCGUGCCACGGUAUCUGGCGAUUCUGGGCCCCGCCUCUGGAGCGCUCACGUUUGGCUACAAUUGCGUUCUGCGGCUCCUACGCCGGCGUAGUCGUCGGAAUGCCGCUAUCAGGUAUACUAGCCGGCAAAAUAGGUUGGCAGGCCCCAUUCUACUUCUAUGGUGUCUUCGGACUUAUAUGGUUUGUGUUUUGGUUAUGGUUAACAUUUGAAAAACCUCGUAACCAUCCUGUGAUAUCAAUAAAGGAGCUAAAAUACAUAGAACAAAGUCUCGGAGAAUCGACUCAAAUAGCCAUGCCGACAAUCAGCACGACUCCUUGGAAGAAGUUUGCGACUUCUAUGCCAGUCUACGCAAUUAUUGUGGCUAACUUUUGUAGAUCCUGGAAUUUUUAUCUACUAGUUAUUUUCCAAUCGGCCUAUUUGCAGAAUACAUUUGAUUUCAAAAUCGAAGAGACUGGUCUUGUUGGAUCAUUGCCUCAUUUACUGAUGGCUACUAUAGUUCCAUUUGGUGGUUUACUAGCUGAUUAUCUGCGCAAAUCAGGGUUGAUGACAACAACAACCGUUCGUAAAGUUUUCAACUGCGGCGGAUUUGGUAUGGAAGGAAUAUUCUUCCUUGUUGUAGCUCAUGCAAAAACAGCUAUGGCUGCUACAACUGCAUUAACUUUUGGUGUGGCAUUUAGUGGAUUUGCUAUAUCUGGCUAUAAUGUAAACCACUUGGAUAUUGCGCCAAGAUAUGCAAGUAUUCUGAUGGGUUUGUCCAAUGGAAUUGGAACUAUAGCUGGUCUGAUAUGUCCCAUAGCAGUAGAUCAUAUAACUAGAGCAGGGGGUAAAGAAAGUUGGAAAACAGUGUUCAUUUUGGCAGCUACGAUACAUUUCAUAGGCAUCACUUUUUAUGGACUUUUCGCUUCAGGAGAGUUGCAAGAAUGGGCUGAGCCGACUGCCGAGGAACAACAGUCGUGGAAUCCUUCUGUUAUUGUUCACAAGCAAAUUGUGAUGCACAGGGAAACAUCAUUUGGCUCUCCUGUGGAUCCAAAUUCCAAGCUAAACAUCGGUGCCGGUCCUGGUUACGGAGCAGUGGAACCCAUUCACCCCACGAACCCAUUUGCCUACGCGAAUCCUGUCACCGAAGAACACGUGCAGCCUGAAGCCACUGAUUCCUACAUGCACGGCGGUGACGACCUCGGAAAAUAUCAAUAA